GAUUUAGGGUUUAGGGAUUAGGAUUUAAGGUUUAGGGUAUGAAUGGUGACCAGGGAACAGUGAGGAAUAAUGCAUUCCCUAACGUUCCUUAAAAAAAUCACCAUUCACAAGGGAUAAUAAUUCCAUCUCAUUCCCUUUCAUUCCCUUUUUUGUAGAGAAUUUAAGAACAGAAUUAUUCCUUGUUAAAUUUGAUAAGAAACAACUAUUCCUUUUCAUUCCUGAUAUUUUGUUCCCGUACAUUCCUUUUUUCUUCGUUCCACUUGAUUCCCGAAUGGACACCAGUCAAACCCUUAGUGUUUUGCUAGCGACGUUAACAAUAUUUUUUUAAAAAAAAAAUUUUAUUGUAACUAAAACAUAAUAUAAUUUGAUAAUAUUAUGUUUCUUUUUUUAAAAGAUAUCAAAUUUGAAAUAAUGAAAUUCUAUUGGUUGGUGAACCUAGAGGUUCAUCCUAGGGGGUGAACUCAAGAAUAACUCUAAUAAUAAUAUCUAAACGAAUUAUACCAUAACUAACUACUUUCCUAUUUUAAAUGAUCUUGCCAAACAAUAAUUAAUUUACUGACGAAAAUCAUAAAUUCAUAACUAUAUUCAGUAUCAUCUUCUUAACAAUAUAUUUGAAUAUUCGUUUUUGAAUUAUAUCCAAUGAAAAAAUAUUAUUAGUUAACAUCCUCAUAAUUUCGAGAAGACGCUAAAACUUAAAUAACUGAACACUAUAAAUUAUAUUACUAAUAAUUUUCCUAAACGUUUAAAAGAUUUUUUUUACUUCAAACUUAGAUGAUAUGUACAUAUUCUUUUUACUUUAAUAAAAUAUAUUAAAUAUUAUACUAAUUAAUAAAAAUAUAAUGCAAUAUAUACAUAUUAAAUUUAUUUAAAAAACUUUAUAUGUUACCGAAUUUUCAUAUAGAAAUGAAAAGCAUAGUAUAUCAUUUUCAUAUCUUCAUGUGUUUUUAAAAUAGAUAUAGUAAUUUUCAAAAGCAUAUUAAACAACAUGAUUUAUAAAUAAAAAACACAUUAUAAGAUAUAUUAUUUUGUAAAAAAUAUUUAUCAAAUGAUUUUAUAACAUACCAUCAAUGUUUUAAAAACCGGAUAGGAUGAUGAACCUAUGAAACAUAUAAAUUAUAGUUCAAUUUGGGUCAACAAGUUCAAAUAUAUUUUAAUAAUAAUAUUUUAUAAAUAUUAAUGUAUUAUAUGGUAAUAUCAUUUGAAUAUAUAUAUAUAUAUAUAUAUAAUUAUAUAUGUACUUUACUAUUUUACAAUUUAUAGUAUUAAAAUAUUUGAAAAUUAGAAAAUUAAAUAAUAGUAAAUAAUUUUGUUCUUUCUAUAACCACUAUCCAUCUAUCCACAUUUCUUCUUCAUUUUCAUCUUACAUCUUCACGCAAAAAAAAAAACUUUAACACUUUUAGAAUUAUAUAUACAAAACUUUUCUUCUUCAUAUUAUAUAUAAUUAUAUACACUCUAAUAACAAAUUUAACUAAAUCAAUGCACACUGAAUGACAAGAAACUCUAUUUGAUGUACUACCACUAAAGGAAAAAUCAUUGAAAUAUAACUGAAUUUGUAACUGAGUUUUUUAAUAGAAUUGAAUCAUCAGUUCUAACUUCUAACGAUUUUAUCGGGUUUUUUGGCCAAUUUUAUUUGGUCAACACAAAUGUAUUUUAGCAACAACAUGUACCCGACCAAACAAAGUAAUCACGGUUGAACCAUUCCAACAAGCCGGCCCAAUUAAUAAAACAAUGCAUAUUAUUUUGUUGUCUAAAUAUCUAAAAACAAUAUACUAACACAAUAUAAACAUAAUCAAAAAUUAUGACCAAUCUUAAUUUGGUCGUCUCCACGGAUCAAAAUCUAGUUAUAAUUAAACUUCAUCUCUCUUUUUUUUAUAAAUAAACUUUUAAUUAUUACUCUUUCAGUUUCAGUGUCAUUUUAACUUCUUUUUAUUUUGUUUUAAAAAAGUGUUGUUUUAGAAUUUUAAUUUAGCUUUCAGCUUAAUAUUAAUUAAAAAUACAUUGAUUUUAUAAAUAAUUUCAUUUAUCUAAAAUACUAUUAGUUGAAUAUGUGUAAUUAAUAAGACCUUAAAUGCAUUUUAAUCAUUUUCUUUAGUAUGUGUGGAAAAUGUCAAAGUGACAUUUUUUAUGAAAAGGAAAGAGUAUAAAUUAAUAUGUAGACCGAGUUAUUCAAACAAAUAUUUCCACUGGAUAUAUAUCCAUCAUAAAGAAAACUCUGAAAUAUUAAUAUGUACGUGCCUAUUAGUGUUACUCCACGAAUAAAGGAAUAAUUAUUUCUUAACACUGAUUAUUAAAAAAAAACGGAAUAAUUAUUUCCACGGUUGUGUUGUAUAUAUAAAAUACCGAGUAACCAAAAAAACAGAACAAUAAUAAACAAUCCUACGGCCAGAAAUCAUGGCUCAAACCACCACCGUGAUCUUCAUCCUAGCCACAUUGUUAGUGGCUGCUGCGGUUGUUUCAGGACAGACACCACCUAGUCCCGUAGCUCCUAGUCCUACAAUAAACGAAGCUAUGAACUGUGCAGCAGGUUUGACUGUUUGUUUGCCGGCAUUUGCUCAAGGAGGAACUCCGUCGAAGGAAUGUUGUACGGCGGUGAAAACGCAGCAAUCGUGUCUUUGCGGCUUUAUCAAGGCCCCAGUGCUAGUGGUCCCUUUCAAUAUCACUGCCUUCAGUGCUCUUAUCUCCAAGUCUUGUGGAAUCAAUACCGAUCUCAACUUGUGUUCAGAAACUCCCGGCAAUUUGAUUCUUCUUUUUUUUCCUAGCUCAUGCUCCAUUGCCGCAUAUGACAGCACCACCUUCAGGUACACCUAAAACUGACAAGGAUGCUGCAAGCAAACCCGCAGAAACUGGUUUGGUCGGAAUCGUCCUGAUCAUGAUCUCUGCGUUAUUUUAUUAACAUAUCCAUGUAAAAGUUAAAAUUGGUUUGGUUCGAUUUGAUGGCUUUGUAAGUUGAUUUUUAAUUCAAGAUUACGAGUUUUUGUGGGA